AUGGAAACAUCCAGAAAGCAGAUUCUGAUGCCUCGGAAUCUGUCAGCAGCUAGUCCUCAGACAAUGGGCAGUCUGGCGUUUGUCUUAAUGCCAACUGCGCAUACGGGGGUCCGGCGAUCAUCGCCCAACCUGACGAAUUCACUACCAUCGACUGUUAGGAAUGAGGCCAAUUCGCCUUUGGUUCAAGUGUGGAACGGAGCCGGCGUCAAUUCUGGAGCUGCCAUUGAACCCAAUUCACAUUACGCUGCCUCUGGCCUUCGGGUCAGCGUAAACACCAUCGCCGCCGCUCCCGUCUGGGAUACACAGCAGUUGGAGUCCCUCCCCUCAGCGGGAAUCAGUCCCGAAAUGGCAAUAAGACAAUUCAAAAAUAAACGUACCGCGCAUAAGCUCACCGAAAUUCUCAACUACCCAAAUAUCUAUUUUGUUGGACACAACGCUGAUAAGCGCCAAGUUGUACCCGGAAGUGAACAGAAUUACGGUUUUGACGAUGACCAAGGUUCGUACAUCCACACCCCUCACGACUACGUCGCCUACAAUUUCGAGGUGUUGAAGAAUCUGGGAAAGGGUAGUUUCGGUCAGGUGGUGAAGGCAUUUGACCAAAUGACCAGCACAUUUGUCGGCCUAAAAAUGGUGCGGAAUGAGAGGAGAGAGAUUCGCACUUCGGAACUGCUUCGAGGCCAGGAUUUAGACAAUAGCCGCAACGUGGUGCAUUUGCUAAAGCAAUUCACUUUCCGUGAGCACACAAAGAAUUCUCAGUUGCCGGCAGCAGCAGUUGCCGCUGUCUCCAGACUGCCUCUUGACGCUGCAGUCCCCACCGGGAUUGAAGGCAUGCGCAGCAAGCAAAAACGUCGAAGGCUCUCUUCGACCACUCAAGUGAUUACAAGCAACCGCAUGAUAUCGGCUGCCUCUACCGAUCAACAUCAGGCUGGGAAGGCACCCGAUCUCAAAAGACCG